AUGUCUCGAUUUUCUGUCGUCAUCCUCCUUUCGCUGCUUGUAGUCAGUGAGCAACUGAUGUGGGUACCCAAGGCACCAUUCGAGUUGCUGGCUGAGAUGGCAGAUAAACUCGUUACAUUUGCGGAGAACCUGCCGCUUGAUCGCACGAAUGAAUCCGUUAAGGAUCUAUUUAAGGCACUGAAGGUGAUCUCGGAGAUAACGAAACUAAUCGCAGAUAAUCCUUUGCGAUACAUCUGA